AUGCGAUUGUCGAUGCGACAGAGUGCUCAUUAUUUUCCCGACAGACUGAUAAGUAUGUAUAAAGCAAGUUAUCGUAGCGUAUCGUAGAGCAAAACCCGUCUAUAACGUACAGUUUCAUGGCUCCAAAGAGUAUAUUCUAUUGCCAAAAUGAACCUCCGUACACUGAAACCCUUCUAUGUAUAACGAAUAAUUUCUUGUCCCUAUUUGAUUUGGUAUACGUAAUUCAGCUCUGAAUUUUUCGAUUUCUCGCGAUUUUUGUAAGAUUUUUACAUUUUUUAAACAAUUACAAUAUGCUAAUUACCCAUCAAUUCAGGCACCCCCGCUCACCCCCGCCAAACGAAAAGAAUGCACUCCACAUUGGGUUUGAUUGUCUGCGCAUCGUUGGCUGUCAUGGUUUUGUCACAGGAAGUAAGUUGGUGUCAAACAAUUUUUUCGUUAAAAUAUGCUAAUUCGCGUAGCAAUUACCAUUCUGAUGUUCCGCAUAUCAGUUUGACUUCCAAAUUAGAGGAACUAAAAAGACCAAAACGUGAAGAAAUGGAAAAAAAUAUUUUACCGUAGAACAUAGGAAAAGUGGCUCUUCCAAGUUCUACUGUACUGAACUUGUGGGAUGCCAAGAACGCUUCAAAAGUUGAGAGAUUACAACAGAGCCUCUGUAUAACGAAUCGUAAUGGACCAAAAGAUUUAUUUAUAAUAGAAAGGUUUCGUUUUGCGGAGGUUCAUUUUUGCCUGAAAUUCAAUCUUGCGACCUUUGAAACUGUUCGUAAUAGACCGCUUUUAUUGAACUGUAGUCUGUUCUGCGGGACUUGUCUGUAAUAAAUUUCAAGAGACAGUUACAGUGCAUAAAAAAAUUUGUCAAUACGAUCAUGCAACUCGCACUUUUGGGUUGCAGAAGUUUUAAGAAUGAAAUUUUUUCAAUGGUCAUUGCGAAGUUUAUGCGAUGGGGUUCCUUACGAUAUUUACAUUUCCUGAAAGCCGGCUUUUUACUCUACUGCUAUGCCAAAUUUUAGCCCUCUAGCUCAAACGGCUAGCGAGAUAUGGACAGAGAAAGCAAGCGCAUUCCGAAAAAAAUAGAAAAAGUCGCGGAGAUCGGUUGUGUCCCGAAAGUACAGAAUGCCGUGCAGUGGCCUCUGAACAAAACUUCCUCUAGAAGAACACCUCUCUUUAACAAAUCAUCUCACAAUCAUAGGUCACAAGAGUCAAUUUUAGAGCCAAAGGAAACUCUAUACAAAGAGGCCUUCUAAAUAUGCCCUAAAUUGACUCUUGUUCCCCCUGAAAUUGUUUGUUAAUAGAGAGGUUUUCUUCUAGAGGAGGUUGUUGUUAAGGGGUCGCUGUAACUGUCGCUUGAAAUUUAUUACAGCCAAACCCCGUAGAAGAAACUACAGUCCAAUGAAAGCAGUCUAUUACGAACAGUUUCAGAGGUCGCAAGAUUGAGUUUUAGGAAAUAUGAACCUCCGCAAAACGAAUCUUUUCUAUUACAAAUAAUUCUUUUAGUCCUUCACGAUUGUUCUACAGAGGCCCUACUGUAAUCUCUCAACUUUUGAAGCGUUCCUAUAAGGCCACAAUUUCAGUACAGUAGGACGAAAAGCAGUCUGUUACGAACAGUUUCAGAGGUCGCAAGUUUGAAUUUUAGGCAAAAUGAACCUCCGCAAAACGACACCUUUCUAUUACAAAUAAAUGUUUUGGUCCUUCACGAUUCGUUAUACAGGGACUCCACUGUAAUCUCUGAACUUUUUAAGCGUUCUUAUAAGGCCACAAUUUAAGUACAGUAGAAGUUGGAAGAGCAACUUUCUCUAUGUUCUAGUGAAAAAUAUUUUUCAUUUCUUCACGUUUUGGUCUCUUUAUUUCUUCCAAUUUGGGAGUCUAACUGAUAUGUGGAACAUCAUACUGAUAAUUGCGUAAUUACCGCGACUUGUUGAACUACACAUACUUAGCAAUAAACACCCAACUGUGGUGUUUAACCACCCUCAACUCUAUUUAUGGGUGCAUAAAAAAUUUUAAUGGCUGUUUCUGACAAUCACAAUGUUUGAGUAUUUAAAAGUUAUGUCUGUCAAAAACAACCGCUUAGACAUAUACGUGUACAUAAAAGGAAGCUAUUGAAUAGCCGAAAUUGGGGGAUUGUCGGGGAAUGUAGGUGGAGAUAAACAAAUUUGAUUGUGUUUCGGAUUCAGGAAGUUCGAAAAAUGGCGAACAAUGAAAAAUAUUUGUCAUAAGCCGAGAUAGAGAGGUCAUAAAAGUCUGAUAAAUCGAGGAUUUUAUAAAAAAUUGAAAAGAAAAAGAAAUAAUUUUUCGUUAUAGUUGCAGUAAUUGCGAAUAUCAGUCAGACUUGCAAAUUGGGAGAACAAAAAAGACCGAAGAAAUGAAAAAUAUUUUACAACAGAAUAUAGAGAAAAAUUGCUCUUCCCAAGUUCUACUGUACUGAAUUUGCGGCUUUAUAGGAACGCUUCAAAAGUUGAGAGAUUACAGUGGAUCCUCUGUAUAGCGAAUCGUAAAGGACCAAACGAUUUAUUUGUAAUAGAAAGGCUCCGUUUUGCGGAGGUUUACUUGGCCUAAGCUUACAGUGAGGAACCUGAUCCAGUGGCAAAAGAACGUACCAUUUUGCAUCCGGGAAGCAUCAAAAAUGUGGCAAAAUGCCUCCUUCUUCAAGUGAAAAAACUUCGUUUUGAAGGGCGCGCCCUUUCCCUCACAAAAAGAUCUUUUGAAAUCAAAGUUUUUUCACUUGGAGAGGGAAGCAUUUUACCACAUUUUUGAUACACCCGGACACAAAAUGAUAGUUUUUUGCCGUUGGAUCAGGUCCCCCACUGUAGGUCUGGAUACCCUUGAAAUUGUUCGUUAUAGGCAAAUUUCAUUACUUAUCAGUCUGUCGGAAAAAUAAUGAGCACAAGGUCGCUGUGCCAAUCACGUCGCUAAAGUGAAAAGAAAUUUGAUUUUGCCCCGACACAAUUCAUUUUCUCGACGGCGAUGCGAUUUUCGAUGCGACAGAGCGCUCAUUAUUUUCCCGACAUACUGAUAUACAACAGUUUGUUGUAGAGACUUCCCAUUGCCCCAAAAAUACAACAACCGCAUCAAAUCAUCCCUUUCUCACCCCACACUUUCAGCUUUCCGAACAAGACAGCAUGGACAAACGGGCGCGAUCCUUCGCGUUCGCGAAGCGCGCACGGUCCUUCGCCUUCGCCAAGAAGUUCGACCCGUACCCGUUUGGGCGAUCAUUCGCGUUCGCCAAACGAUCCGCGGAAGAGCCGCUGCUCGACGUUGACUCGCUGGAAGAGGACCCGAUGGACAAGCGCGCGAGGUUCGCGUUCGCGAAACGACCCCGAAAUUUCGCGUUCGCCAAGCGAGCGCGUUUCGCCUUCGCGUAAAUUGAAGGAGGUGGGUUUUUUUUAUUACACAAGAGGAGUAAUAGAAAAGUUCUUGCAACUAGUAAGGUUUACGAGAGAACGACAAUCGAGAUAUAACUCGAGCAACUUAUAAUCUCUGUGUGUCCAGAAAAUGUGUCACGAUGGCACCCCUUUAAAACGUGCCAGUGGUACAGACAACAGCUGUAUAAAGCUAGGAAUACUCGCUAGAGCAUGUUGAAAAAUUUCGGGCAAAGCAAAGGUUCCCGGAGCAAAAAAAUCCAUAAAAUCCGUCAUACAAAUUGCGCACUGUAAAAGUUUUGACCUUAAAAUUUUUUGUGGGUACCCUAGGGAGUGCUCCUAGCCUUAUCAAGCCGAUUUUUAUACCACUGGCAUAUUUUAAACGGGUGUCAUCAUGACUCAUUUUCUGGACGCUCGCGGAAAAUCUAUAAAAUCCGUCAUCCAAAUUGCAUAAAUUUGUUUUGCGGAUACUUUAGGGAGUACUUCUAGCCAUAUACAGUUAUUGAUUAUACCAACGGCACAUUUUAAACGGGUGUCAUCAUGACACACUUUCUAGACGUUCGCGGAAUAUCUCGAAAAUCCGUCUUCCAAAUUGUAUAAAUUUUUUAUGGGUACUCUAGGGAGUACUCCUAGCCAUGUAGAGCCGAUGUUUAUAAUACUGCCACAUUUUAAACAGGUGUCAUCGUGACGCAUUUUCUGGACACACCAAUACGACUUUAUGCAGUCGAUUUCUAAGGUGUGGGAUAGCUUACAGAAAAUUCUAGAAGAAGAAAAAAUACUGUACUAUAUAGUAUAAUCCCUGCAUUUUUAACCACCCCACUUUUUCAGCGCAAAACGGUCAAACGAAUCGAUGUCCCCCUCGCUGUUGCUGUAGAACUUGGUCUCCACAACAAAAAACCCUUUACUUCGACUUGGUGUUAUGUUGGACAAAAAACGAAAAUCUGGCCAGCUGGUCAAAUUUGCACCACCCUAUCAAAAUAUACCUUGUAUACGUUUCUUUUAGUAUCGCCCCGGUUGCCGCCACCACAUCUGAAAUUUUUUGUCUCUACUUUUGUUAUUUUAUGAUAAAACAAAGCUUUUUAAGUUAUUGCCGCUUGGGAAUUUUAUAUAUAAACAUGUUUUACGUGGUAAAAAAAGGCAAAGAUAAACUUCAAAAAAUUUGGAACGCUUUUGGUCAAGUGCCGUCUUGAGAAGUAGACUUGACGGCCUCUUGAACCCUCAAUGACGUAGGUGAUGGCGCUCUGGCCAGAGGCUAUGUGUUCCCGAAACGUUGAAGAAGCUCGGCUGAAUCCAGGAAAUGAAAAAUUUUUAUUGAUGCUAUUUGCAGCUCGCUUAAUUUGUUAGAUUCUUCUGAUAGCGCAAGGUUAUCGAGAAGUCACAAAAAAAUGCAAAUUUACCUGUCUGUCGGGAAAAUAGUGAGUGCUCAUCAAAAAUCGCAUCGCCGCAGAGAAAAUGAACCGUGCCACGACAAAAUCAAAUUGCUUUUCUCUUCAGCGACGCCAUUGACCCAGCGACAUUGUGCUGGCCCACCUUUGGAUCAGUGGGCCAGAUCCAAAGGGAUUUCAAGUCAAUCUGA